UAUCUUCACAUAGUAUUCAGUAUUGUUCCGGCCUCAGAAUUUUUUUAUACUUAUAACUAAAAUAUUAUGGUUGAGAUAGAUUAGUCAUAUAAUAAGCGUGACCAUGAAGAGCAAACCUGUAAAACAUAAAACAACAAACACCUUUCGUUUUAUCCCUUUCGCUGAGCGUAUAAAUACUAUAGAUAUACGUCAUGCGGCUUUAUAUCAUAUUGAGCAUGUAAACGCGAGCCAACCAGGGGAAAAUGACACUCAUUUUCAUCUCGCCUUGCAAAAAUGGCAUGGACUUAAUCUGACAGAGAAUUUCAAAAAAUUUAAAAAGGAAGUAUAUGGUGUUGUAACAGUCCCUCAGUUGAUUCAUAAGAAGGAUGAGGUGUUGGAGAUCUUGGAAAGAUAUUUAAAAAAAGAAGAUCCGUUAUGUCAACAGCCAUUGUUAGAAAUUUUAGUCUCCUUAGCCAAGGACUUGAGAAGUGAUUUCUAUCCACACUUUCCUAAAUUCUUAGAUAUUUUAAUUACUUUACUUAAAACCAAAGAUGCUGAGAGGUUAGAAUGGACCUUGAUUUGUUUGGCAUUUCUGUUCAAAACCUUGAAGACUUAUCUGAAAAAGGAUAUUGGGACUGUGAUGACAAGGAUUGUUCCUUUGCUAAGUGACAGCUACCCACAGUACAUAAAUAACUUUGCAGCAGAGAGUUUUGCAUUCGUAGCUAGAGAUAUAAGAGACAAGAAUAAAUUUAUUGAACUUCUAUUAAAUUAUUUGCAAUCUAAUACCGAUGCUAUUGUAGGCUGCGGUCAUCUGUUAUUUGAAAUAAUAAGAGGAGUUGGCAAUAAAUUUCAUAGCUGUAUUGAGAAUUUUUUGCCCCUACUAUUAGAACACAUGAAAGAGAGAAAAGAGCACCAAGAAAUAUUAUUUAAUGUACUAACCCAAACAUUCGAGGACUGCUUACAGAAUAUAUCAACAAAAGAAUUCACAAUUUUUUGGUCAAACAUCCAAAGAUUCAUGGAAGAAAUUUUAAAGUUAGAUGAUGACAGUACUGGGCUGGAAUAUAUUUUAAGAUUGGCCGGCCAAGUGAUCGAACGCCAGAAUGGAAAGUACCUGACCAAUCCUCCACAGUUCGCUUUGCUUCUGGUCAAAGUAAUCUGCAAUCAAUCGUCUGAGAAAGUUCUAGAAGUUUGUUCACAAAUCGGUGCCUUAAUGUUAUUAUCCUCAAAUAUAUCUCUCUCACAAGAGCACGCCGGGAUCAUAGUUAAAGUGCUAUUACCAUUGCCAUAUCCAAAAAUACUAAUUAACUUUGUACAAAAUGUUAUCAGUUAUUCACAAUUCGACAUGCAUAUAUUGCCAUCCUAUAUAAACUUCGUUUUUCAAUCUGAAUUUGAUAUUGAUGCAAUGGCAACACUUUCGAAAAUAUGUUUGACUAAAUCUCCAUUGUCUAUUAACGGUAUGAAAUUAUUUGAAUGGGUCAAAUAUCCGCUUGAUUUUGGUCAAGGGUUGCCCAACUUAAUGGAGCAUAUGGUUAAUAUUUUGACGGAUGAUAUUGAAAAGAUUCUGGAUGAUCCCAAGCAAUUGUUAAAUUUACUUUUCUGCUUGCCUCAUGUGGAAAAAGUCGAUGUCGAAAAGUGCACCAAACUACUGAGUGAUCUUAUAAGAAAACUAUUAAACGUCCUGUCCAGUUAUAACUUGGAAACUCAAAUAGAAGAGAACAAGUGUAAUGCGGAUAACACGACGCUAUCAAAAUGUGCCAGGAAAGUCAUAUUUCUGUUAGCCAACACAGUAGAGUGCGUAAUUCACGUGUCUAACUGUAAAGGUCUUAAGGAGAUCUGUAAUAUUGAUACUUUGCUGCCAAUUUUAUUACCGUGUGCAGCAGAUCCGAAUUAUUUGGCUGCUCUUCAUUUAGUCGACCUAUACUUGACCGCGUUUGAACAUGAAAACGGCCUGACUUAUCCGUUUCUACUAUUGGUGGAUUCAUAUUUGAGAUCGAAUAUUUCGUCGCCUUUUCACAUCGUGCGUCUGCUGACGACACAUAUAUAUAAAUUAUUCGAAAGUCUCGAAGAGUUGAACAAAACCGCCAUCGUUGGCGGCGAAACGGAGAGAUUUUCAAUAUUCACGAAAUGCUACACAGUGGAAACAAUAUCGCCCUCGAUCCAAGAGUAUAGAGUACAAAUCGGCUUACUCCAAAAGAUGGCAUUCAGUACAACACAAUACGAACUGGCGAAACAAACCAAUUUUCACAUUUACCCGUUGAAUUACAUGCUGGGUGUUUUAUAUUUCAAUUUCAAAUUGCUCUGGGAGCCGGUCAUAGAGUUCAUCGCUGGUUAUGGCAAUUCAUUGAAUGCGGAUGACUUCUGGCCUACGUUCUAUAAAGCUCUGGAAUCGUCAUUCGCCAACGUGAAAUGUAACGUUAGAGCUUUUCAAUACGAUGACUUGGAAACGGAUUGUAACGUUCUGAGUGAACUUUAUUCUGAAUACAGUUGCGUAUCCGAGAGACCGGAUUUGUUUAAUUAUAGACAUUUAUUACUAAAAACUAUGACAAACUGUAUACAAGUGUGUGAAGCGAAGAACAGGGACGUCGUGAAUCUAUUUCUCAAGUUUAUUGAAGAGGAAUAUAAAAGGAACGAUCGGACCAACGCUUUGGUUAUAGAUAUCGAAGUUCACGAUAAACAAGUGGAGACAGAUGAAGGCAAAGAUAGCGGAGAAGAUGCCGCAGAUUUAGAAGCUAUUGAAUUACCAGAAGAGAACGCUAGGGACACUGUAUCAGGCAAGAUUAUAUUUAAAACACUCAUAAAUAUAAUGCAAGUGCUGUCACAGUUUAAAAAUCCACGAGCCCUACAUAAAGAACCCGUGUUCGCGGAGAUGUAUUUGGAAUUUUUGAAAAAUAAGAAUCCCGGUUUACAAAAGUACGCCCUGGACUGUAUUUUAAAUUAUAAGAAUAAAAGCGUCGUACCUUAUAAGACAAAUUUACACAACCUGAUCGAUGAGAAUAAGUUCAAAGAUGAAUUAACCCAGUUCAAGAUCACAGAUGGCUCUCCGGCGAUUCAAGCAGAGCAUAGAGAACACGUGAUACCACUGAUACUGAGGAUACUCUACGGAAAAAUGACCUCCAAAUUGGGAGCUGAUAAGAAAGGCGGGGGACAAGCGAGGCGAUCCCUUAUAAUGAGAUAUAUAAGCGGCUGCAACGAAACUGAAUUGAAAAUAUUCAUAGAAAUGGCCUUCUCUUAUCUAAAAGAAUAUUUGAUAAUGGAGCCCAAAGAAAUAUAUGAGAAUGUUAAAAGAAAUCUCGAUCUGAAAUCUGUUACCAGUCCCGGAAAGUUACACAGUAUGCUAAACUUGUUCGACGUCGUUCGAGAAUAUUUCGGUGGUUAUAUGAACGAUGAACUAUUAACGUAUUUUCUUAAGAUAUUUUACGCUGUCUCUUCAAAUAUUGCAAGUGUACUUGUUAAUGUGGAGAAAGUGCAUGUAAGUUAUGUAAAAGUUAUGAAAAAUCUUCGAACUCUAUCCAUAAUAAUCUUGGGAAAAUUGUUCGAUCAGUUCGAGAAAUAUCCUUGGAGAAGAGACGAAUUGUAUGUUUUAUUUCAAACAUUAAUAUGGCCUUUAGUACCGCGUCUCCAAAUUGAGGGGAUUCAUAGCCCAACGGCGCUAUUGAAACUUUUCAAUAUUUGGUGUCAGAAUCCAAGAUACUAUAUAUUAUUGAUCACGUGUUCCGAGGAUGAUAGUGAAUUAAGUGCGCUUCCAGCUAUUUUCAAACUUUUAUUGGCGCCAAAAACUAGCCCCGGUGUGGUAAAUAUGAUUUUGGAUAUGAUAGAAAAACUCCUCACAUUGACCAACGAAGAUGAAAACGAAGUUACCGAAAUAGAAACGUUCUCUUCAUUACCAAUAAGCGGGAAUGUAAAAAAUGACAUUAAUUUCGGGAGCAAAAUCCUGUUACCACAUUUACCAAGUAUUUUAGAAGUCAUGAAGAGGCGUAUUGCGAACUCUGCUAAAUCAAAUACUGUUAAUAGAAGGGAUCUGUUAAUUCUAUCGAGAGUGACAGAAAUGGUCACCACACCUGAAAUGUGCGACGAGCUUUUGGGCCUUUUGCUACCAAUUUUAGUGAAAAAAGUAUGUAUGAAUAUGGCAGAAGAGAAUAUGGAACACGCCGUUAAUACUAUCAUCAACUUAUUAGGUCAUAGUACGAAACCCGAAAACUAUAUCAAAAACUUUGCGAUACUGUUCAAUAAAGUGGGACCAGUUGAAGUCAGAAAGCUCCUCAUUAAACUUUUGUAUUCUAUUUCCGAAAACGUCAGCGAAAAUAAGGAGAAAUAUGAAAAAAUUGCGCAUGUGGUAUCAGAAAUGAAUGCUUUUAAUAAAAGGUGGAUAGAGCAACCAGAUUUUGAUCGGAGAUUGGAUGCUUAUAAAUCGAUAUAUCAAAUGUUGGAAGCCAAUGAAAUCGAUGUCGACCUUGCCAUUCUUAUUGUAAACAAUUGCUUCUAUUUCAUAAAAACAGAAAAAGACAUUGGUUUGCGAGACAGCGCUGGACUAUGUCUUAAAAAGAUCCUUCCAAAAUUACUUAUUAAGUAUAGAUCAGUGCCAGAAGGUACGAUUUUAGUCCGAGAUACCGUGCUUUCGUUAAUAUCGACCGGUAUAAGGGAUGCAAAGAAUGAAAACUUACGAAAUGAGAGUAUAACUUUACUUGGAGAAUUAGUGAGGGAAUGUCCAGAUGCUGACGUCGUCUUUUCUGAUUUAGCACCGUUAGCGAAUAAGGAAGAUAGAGAAGUUGAUUUCUUUGACAAUUCUUGCCAUCUACAACUGCAUAGGCGAGUGCGUGCUUUGCAAAAAUUCAGUAAAGUCGCUAGGAAAAUGAUUAAGUGUCCAGCUCCGAGGACAUUAACUAACUUCAUACUACCCCUCGCUACGAUAUAUAUUUGCGAUGAGAAAUAUUCCGAUAAAAAUACAUUAAUAGAUGCUUGUAUUGAAGUUGUGUCUACAUGUUGCAAGCUGUUGCCCUGGUAUCACUAUGAGGUCAUACUGAAAUUGUAUCUCAACAAAAUGAGGCACCAAACAGAUUAUCAGAAACAGCUGACGAGAAUUCUUAUCGGUGUGCUCGACGCAUUCCAUUUUGACUUUUCAAAAGCAAAAAAUAUCCAACUACCCAAAUCAUUGACAAUGAGUAUAAAGCACGAUAAACCUAAGAGGAAGAAAAUUGAUCCGGACAAUGAUAAUGAUCAAAAUGAUGAUACAGAUAAGGAUCUCAAUGAUGUAGAUGAUGACACAAAUAAGGAUCCAAACGAUGAAAAUGAUGAUGGUGAUGAAAAUCAAGAUGAAAAAAAUCUGGGCGAUGUCAAAGACGAGGAAAGUAUCGAGGAUAUGGAAACAAACUUGCAUGAAAACGAGUGUGAGGAUGAAGAUGAUAAAUGUAAAGAAGCAGUUAAUAUUCCUGCAUAUGAGAGAAUAACAAGUGUCUCACCAUCCGUCGCUAACAGAAUAAUUAAAUCACUAUCUGCCGGACUAUUACCUCAACUUAAUCGUGCGAUAGGCAAGCUGACAGAACACGAAGAAUCUCAUAAACUAAAUAGACGCCGCACUGGGCAUGUCAGACUUGAAGAGGAUAUGUUGCGAGUUCCUAUAGCCUUGGCCCUCGUUAAAUUGCUACAACGUCUUCCAGGGGAUAUGCUGAGACAUCAAUUGCCUGGAAUCAUCAUAAAGCUGUGUUCGUUUCUCAAAUCUCCAUUGAAGCAAGUUAGGAUUACAGCUAGAGAUAUUGUUAAGAAGAUAAUGUUGACAGUUGGCACUUCAUAUUUAGGCAUACUUUUGGAACAUUUAACACUUUUGCUUACAAGAGGCUUCCAAGUCCACGUUCUGGUCGCUACGAUUCAUACUGUCCUUGAAGCUUUGAAAAAUAAUUUCCAACCGGGUGACAUUAAUCAAAAUCUACAUUACAUACUCGACGUAUGCACAAACGAUCUCUUUGGCAGCUUGUCUGAAGAAAAGGAAGUCGAUAAACUGCACUACAAAACACCAGAAGCUAAGCCAAGCAAGAAAAGUUACGUGACGCUCAUGAUAGUAGCCCAGAAUAUUACAGAGAAAUGUUUGAUCAACUUAGUUCUACCGUUCAAGGAAGUUUUACAAAAUCAUCACUCCAAGAAGACAGUCUUGAAGGUCCAAGAAGCUUUAAUGCACCUAUCCAGCGGUCUUGUUGUCAAUAAAUUUAUCGACAUUGAAUCAUUAUUUGUUUUUCUCCAUGGCUUAGCUUCUGAAAGCAUACCGGAGUUCGUUUUGAGUGCCCCCAGGAGAGUACUAACUGAAGCUCAGAGGGAAAAAAUACUAAGAGCGAAACCAGACUGCUUUAUAAUACCAGAAACACCUAAACGCAAUAAAGAGUCACAGGCGAGGCACGUGAAGACGUCGGCCAAAGCGAAUGGCCAUGUUCUAAUCGAGUUCAGUCUGAACAUCCUGUAUAUAAUAUUGAAAAGAGAGAAAGUCCCCAGAAUGGACUGCAAGGCAUUCGUAGAUCCUCUGAUACCGCUUCUGGUCGAUGCUUUGAAGAGUGACCAUGUAAAAGUAUCUACCGUGGCCUUAAAAUGUAUAGCCUCGUUAUGGACUAUACGAGUCAGCACACCGUCCUUGGAAGAUAUGAUCAAGGAUAUUGUAAAGACUAUAUUUUCCAUGCUACACAAAUACGCGACCUUCCAAAUAAGCAAACAGAAUGACAAUUAUCAUUUAGUGAGGGUUGCUUUUAAGGCGGUGACAGUACUGAUAAGGAACGUCAAGUACUACAAUAUAGAAGUGGAACAACUGAAAACUCUCUUACUUUACGCUGAAGAAGAUUGCCAGCACGACGAAAAACAAGCCAACUCGUUUAAUUUAUUGAAAGCUAUAUUAGAAGCUAAGCUGGUAGCGCCCGAGCUGCACGAGGUCAUGGAGAAGAUAUCGAAGAUCUGUAUAUUGAGCGAGUCGGCCAAGUCGAGAGACGAAGCACGCGUCAUAUUCGUCAACUACCUAACAAAUUACUCGCCCGGCAAGCGUUUGGAGAGAUACAUUCAGUUCUUCGUGACGCAGUUGAACUAUGAACUGCAACACGGGAGGGAAUCGUCGCUCAAGUUCCUGGAUAUGAUUAUUACUAAGCUUAGCGCUGCCCAGCUCAAACCUCACAGUGAUUAUCUAAUGCUGUCUCUCGGAGCUGCGAUGAUGAAUGACUCGGCCACCGAGUGUAGAGCGAGCGCUGCAGCCUGUAUAGAGGCGAUGCUGUCGAGACUGACGAUCAUCGAUAGGAACGUACUCUUCAAUAUGAUACUGGCCUUCUUUAACGAUACACAGCCGGUACAUUUCGAGCUGGCAGCUCAGCUCAGCAUCCGCUUCGUUAACGUCGAACGUGAAAAAUUCGAAAACCGCCUCGCCAUACUGUCGUUACUUAGCGGCAAAAUAUUAUUACUGAGCAACGACAUAACUGAAGGUCGCUUUGUGUCUAUCAAGUUGAACUACGGAGAUAAUAAGAGCGAGGAGGAGAAACAGAAGGAAAAAGAUCACAGUCUCAUACAAAUAUUGAACUUGAUCGACCAAAUAACCAUACAUUGCCCGUCCAGUUUGACAAAUAAUAAAUACACGGACGACUAUAGUGAAGUAGCCCAGCAUUGUAAAGCGUUGUUAGCAUACCCACACGUCUGGGUGAGGUUGAAAUCUGCUAAAAUAUUAGGGACGUAUCUAUCUGUUGUGAAACCAGAAGAUCUGAACGAACCCAACCCUGAUAAGGGUUUCCUAUAUGAUGAUACGGAAAAUGAUUUUAGAAGUCUCAUACUGGAUCUUUGUGCUCAGUACAUCCCUAAUAUGAGUAUGGAAAUGGCUGAACAGAUCACGGCCGUUUUAUUCCAAAUAAUUAAAAUAGUUCAUAAUAUACCAAGGUUUAAAAUUUCUAAAUCACAAUCAGAUGAUGGUGAGACUGAAGUUAGCGCUAAGUUAAAUGUACGAUGGAUUCUUUUUAAAUUAAGAAAAGCGAUAAAUACUGAAGUUGCCAGGUCACCGAAUUGCAUGAACAUUAGAACAUCAAUUUUCACGAUGUGGUUACAUAUAAUAAGUUCAUUGGAAACUGAGGAUUUAUUGAGACUCGUGGACGUCAUUCUCCCGCCGAUAGUACGAGAACUGUCAUUGGAACAAACGUCAGCUGUCAAACAAUUGGCGGGAAGACUCGGCAAGAAAUUGCGACGAAAAAUAGGUGAUAUAGAAUAUAGCAAAAUGGCUGCCAAUGUACAGACUAAAUUAAAUAUGAGGAGAGCUGAAAGAAAAAAGGUCCUCCUACAAGAGAAGGUUAAAGAUCCGGAAAAGGCUGCUAAACGGAAAUUACAAUUGCGGGAAAAGAAAAAACAAGCAAAGAAAAUCAAAUUGGAAAUGUUGCAUGGGAAGAGACCGAGGGCCAAAAAACGAAAAGCAGUAGAUUUUGAUAUUGAAGAUGAAUUGUUGAAGGACGUUGAGGAAUAAAAUUAAGUGUAAAUAAAAAAAUAAAAAAAACAACAAA